AUGGCAUUUCCUCCAUUCAAUUUCCCCAAUACUUUCAGCUUCAGCUUCAUCUUCCCCUUUUCUCUCCUUAUUCUCCUACCACCGAUACCCGCCGCCGGCAACUCACCUGUUCAUCACUACGAUUCACAUCAUGCUAUCGCCGUCAACUGCGGCUUCCCCCGCAACUCCACAGCACUUAACGGCAGACAAUGGGUUGGAGAAACAGAUUCUGCUACCAUGAUCAUUUUUCAUGGACCUGCAAGUCAAUCAGUCAGCCCUCCUUACUCCAUUCACAACCUCCUCGAUCCCACUCCCUAUAGGACGGCUAGAGCUUCUCGGGCAUCCUUCACCUACACCUUCCAUGUUGGCUCCGGCUACAAGUUCAUCCGCCUUCACUUCUACCCAGUUUCAUACUCUGGUUUCAAGACGUCCACAGCCUUCAUAACCGUAAAAUCAGGUCCCUAUACACUCCUCAACAAUUUCAGUGCUUUCCUAACAGCCGAUUCUCUCGGCCUCAAAUCCAUUGUAAAAGAAUUCACCCUUUAUGUACCUGACCACAACGAGCCCUUAUCAAUUACUUUCUCCCCUUCAAGAGCAAUCCCGUCUGAUGAUACAUUUGCAUUUGUAAAUGGAAUUGAAGUUGUUCCCAUGCCGCUUGGUCUCUACUACACCAUGGAGGGAGAUGGAGGGGCUUAUGAUGCAGGGCAGAAUUACCGACUUCCCAUCGGUAUAACCAUUGCAAUGGAGAUGGCCCAUCGGUUAAACGUUGGAGGCGGCUCACUUACAUCUGCUGCA